UUGAAUAUACUUUGAUGGAUGCUGUAGCAGUUAAAGUCCUUCAUGGUGGUAUUCGUGUAGCGUAAUUAGCCAGAAUUGUUCUCUCGGCCACGGUACUUGAGGGUGCCGCGGGUAAUGGCUAGCCUUUGCUCAUACUGUUCGGGCUUUCUCGUGCUAACUUCGAUAGUAAUGUUUUUCAGCGACACAUUUCAUUUACAAGUUAAACUUCGUGUAGGCUUCUGCUUGUGGGACUUCAGUGACGGUGCUCGUUGGAUGUGUGACCGGGAUACAGAGCAUGUCUGUCUGCCUCCGCUCUGCCCUCCUCCAUAGAGAGGAUAGACAGUUUAGCAUCUGCUUAGCUUCUUAAGCCGUGCCACUUCCGCUCUCUUAUCUCCGCGAGGUGAAGGUGAUGUGCGGGAUGAAGCUCAUGUGUCUGAACCACAGACUGAACCGCACACCGCACAGCUGCGGGAUUCUCUGCGUGCUGGUUAGGUGACGUCAGUGUGGGAGGAGCGUUUACUUAAUGGCGUCUGCAAAUUCCACAUUUGGACAGAAGGAAUCAACAGACCAGAAUUUUGAUUUUAUGUUUAAAAUCCUCAUCAUCGGCAACAGCAGUGUUGGAAAAACCUCAUUCCUCUUCCGCUAUGCAGAUGACUCCUUCACUCCAGCUUUUGUUAGCACGGUGGGCAUAGACUUCAAAGUCAAGACUAUCUACAGGAAUGACAAGAGAAUAAAGCUCCAGAUCUGGGACACUGCUGGCCAGGAGCGAUACAGAACAAUAACCACAGCCUAUUACAGGGGAGCCAUGGGCUUUAUCCUCAUGUAUGACAUCACCAAUGAGGAGUCCUUCAAUGCUGUGCAGGACUGGUCAACCCAAAUCAAGACAUAUUCCUGGGACAAUGCUCAGGUCCUCCUGGUGGGAAACAAGUGUGACAUGGAGGAUGAGCGAGUGGUGGCGUCUGAGAGGGGCCAGCAGCUGUCUGAGCAGCUUGGUUUUGAGUUCUUUGAGACGAGUGCUAAAGACAACAUUAACGUGAAGCAGACUUUUGAGCGGCUCGUUGACGUCAUCUGUGAAAGGAUGGCGGAGAGUCUCGACAACAACGACCCAACAAUUACCGGAGCCAAGCAGGGGCCUCAGCUCACCGAGCAGCCCCAGAGAUCCCAAGACUGUGCUUGCUAAACACGAUCACCACUGCUGCUCUAGACUUAACACUUCAUCAUUUUUAUUUUAAUUUUUUAAGGGGGGGGGGCAUUUCCAUUGCAAAACAGCGGUCUGGUUUUUGCACCCACAUGAGCUUGCUGCUUCAACAAGCAGCGUGGUCACAGAUGCGUGUCAGAGCUAAAGUUCAGAGGAGGAAAGUCUAAUUUUCUGAACCAAGGGGGAAUCACCACGUCGUCUUUUCACAAUGCUGGAACACAGAGAAUCCUCCCAGCGCCACAUUUCCGUCUCGACUGGAGCUACACGUCCUCCCUCGUCCGCCCCGUUUUCACCUCCCUUUGUUUAAGCAGAAAUCUUCACAGACCUCGUUCACAUUUGCUCCUUUUCAUUUAAACCUGAACUUUUUCUGCCACUUUGCUUUGCUAAUUCAGACUAGAAAACUCUUUCAGAGGGUUUCUAUUAUACAUUGGAGACUUAUUAGUAAGUUGAAAUGUUUUUGUUUGUUCUUUUUAGGACUUUCAGAAAUAAGUAAAAACACUGACCACAUGGGAUUUUACAUUUUGGUGAGAUUUUUGGUUUAAAAAUAAUCCCUAUAUAAAAAAAACUGUAUUUUUGCAAAAGUGAAAUCAUUGGAAGCACAAUUACAGGACAAACUCUCAGCCUUAGUCAGUUUAGUCCAGGUACAUAAAAAUAUAAGUCUACAAAUCCAGCUUUGUCUGUUCUGUUUAGCAGUCUGCUAUUGUUUAUAUUGUAUGACUGACUUUCUGCUUUUGUACAAUAACCGAUGUGAAGUCCAAUCAGACAAUUGUUUGUGAUAUUGGGCUUUAUAAAUUUAAUUGAAUAUAACCUACAACAGUAAGAUAGACUAUCUUUGGGGAAAAAAAAAACAGAAUUAGGACCAAAAAAGAGAAGUUUAGGUGUUUGGACACAAAAACUGGCUCAGUAAAUGAGUAAGUGAAAAUAAUUUGGGAAAUGAAACUCAGUGACUACUAGCAUGCAGUAGAUUUUUAAUUUAUUAUUGCCUCAUAGUCUUACUAGCUAGCGUCACAGCUCAAGUGCGAUGCGGGAGUGGUCUAGCUAUAGCUGAUGGCUCAUAUUAGCUACAGGUUGGCUGCAGCUACAGACUCUGCUGCCGACCUCGCAAAACUCCAAACUCACAGACGUUCACGCAAAUCCCUUUAUUAGCUGCAGAUCAGCUGCAUCGUCCGGCAAAAUUUGAACCAAACGAAACUGGUUGGCAGGGACGCAGAGGCCUGACCGCAGACGCUGGACGUGAACGCCUGCAGUGGGAUUUCCUCUUGCACUUUUAGUUAUGUAAAGACUGCUGCACUCGCAUUGGAACUGUAACGCUAGCGGUUUAAGCCUGGGGUUAGGCCCAAACCAAAUUCUCCCCUUCUCCUUUAUUUGAAGGGGAAGUCCAGGAAAUGUACUUUUAAAUCCGACCCUCCAAGCGGAGGGAUACAAAGUUGCGAGGUCCCCCACGAGUCUAAACUGCAUCGCCCUGAGUGGGCGUGCUCUGAAGCACAGACGUUUACAUUUAAAUGUAAGUAAUGAAUUUUUGUUGUAGCAUGACCUAAACCGCUGUUAUCUAUAUAUAAGCGCUGGAAGCUUUAGCUAACGCUAGAGGACCGGCAAUUAUUGGCAACAUCAUCGACGAAAGUGACGUCCGAAAUAUGAGACACUAUUUUUUCAUAACUCUCCAACUGGAGGAUCAAAUGAAGAGGAAGGGAAGAAUUCGGAUUGGGCCUUAAUGUUUAAACUAAGGUUUUGGCUAGCAAGUUUGAUCUAGUACGCACAUUACUGAAUAAUGUCAUGAUUCAAAUAUUUUAAAAAAAAUGCAUUGCACUACUUUAUUUCAAUAAAUAUGUCAGGCCAAAUCAGAUUUCUUCCCCUCCCCUUCUGGCUUCUCCCUAUUACUCCUAUAAAGCCUUUUCACGGUGAGCUCAGACGAAAUGACAUUAUCCCUGUCAGUGUGUAAAGUUACCUCCAGUGAUGGACCGCUCUCCAACCGCUCAGCGCAACCCCCCUCGCCCGCGCUCGCACUCGGCGCAUAUGGCCGUUCACGCGCAGCUUACAGAGAAAAAAGACACUCACAAAGGCGUGCGCAAACUCACAGUCGCACACAUAAUCGCAGAUGCACACACACUUUCACGUGCACACACUAACUCCAGCGCGCACACACUCACCACGAUCCUGCAUGGAGAAUUGUCAUCAGCUCCGCCUUUCUAAAUUUAGGCUAAGACAAAUUACAUUUUCUGCAUUGAUGAACCUAUUGACAAGUUUUCACCAAGAAUCGUUACAUCCUUACCGGCGAAUAAUGGUGACGUCAUCGAGUGGUAGUAACAUCUAAAUUAAAAGACACUCUUUCCAUAUCUCUCCGUUUGGAGGGCAAAAUGUUGGAGUAGGGGAAGAAUUUUGGUUUAGUCGUACUCUAAUACAUCACUUUACUCCCUACAUUGUUCAGGUAUUUUCUGUAACUGCAGGUCAUGGUCCCCCUGGAAACCUUUGAAUCUUUUGGGGUGAUUUACAUUUUAUUUUAUUUUUUUUUGGUUUGUUUCUAAAUCUUUGACUUUUUUCUUUAUUUUGUGACAACUUGAGUUUUAGAAUCUAGCUUUGUGGCUUGACUUGUCCUCUCUGUAAUUUUAUAAAUGAGUGGGUUAAAAAAACCUCUCACUUCACCUUUAGCUGAUGUUUCUUUACAUUGUUUACCUCCUUCCAGGUUUUUUUCUGUAGCCAUCAAGAAAGAUUCCCAUAUUUUUCUGUUGUUAUUCAGUACAGAUCUUCAUUUAUUUUGCUUUAUUUUGUAGCUUAAUUUAUUGCUAAGAGGAUUUUCUAAAUCAUGUUUUCCUCCCAACUUUUUAAAGAUGUUUAUUUGCCUAAAUGUUGUUGUUUAAGUGGAUUUUUACCACAGUUUACAGACCCAAUGAUGCUGUAGGCAAACGUCAAACAUUCCAGCCUGAGAAAAUCUCCUCAUGUUCAUUUCCUUAGUGGGAAAAACCGUUUGUAUAACCUCUCUUUCUUUACCCACUACCCAGCACUCCUCUCCCACCAGUUUGACUGAGAUGCUCAGUUGUUGGACUGAGGUUUAUGACUCAGUUUGUAUUUUAAAAAAAUCAAAAUCAAAACCAAAUGUAGGUUUGAAAAGGUUGCCUGUUGAACAGUAGAGAAAGCCUGUCCUUUGUCUUUGUGUUUUGUGGUAGAAAAAUGUUUGGGAGAUUGUGAAAUGUUAAAUACUAUGAAUUUUAUGACAAGGUUUUAUUCCUGUUUAACUAUUUUUAUCCUUUUGCUACAAGUGGGAAGUUGCUAAUGACUUCUCAGAAAUCAAAUGUCAACAAGAGCUAUGAACUGACAGGUUUAUUAGCUGUUUGAAAUGUGCUGUAAAAGUUUACUAAAGCGAGAAAUAAAUCAUUCAUUUUGAAAAUGAA